AUGGCUCCAAAUCCGUCCGCGGCACCGGCGCGCCCGCCAUUGAAAAUCCUCAUGCUCCAUGGCUACACACAAUCGGGUCCCCUCUUCCACGCAAAAAGCCGCGCGCUGGUUAAACAUAUCCAAAAGACCUUCCCUACACAUGAAGUCAUCGCAUCCUAUCCCACCGGGCCGUUGAGGUUGCGACCGAGUGACAUUCCGGGUUACGAGCCUUCCGAAGGGAAUGCGGCGGCGACAGAGGAGGAUGAGAUCGAGGCAUACGGCUGGUUUCGCCGAUCAAACACCGCCGAUCCACCCCUUUACCAGGGCCUCGAGGAUGGUCUUGCCGCCGUGGCCAAGGUCCUAUCUGAAGAGGGUCCCUUUGACGGCGUGAUCGGAUUCUCACAAGGUGCCGCCAUGGUGAGCAUGGUGGCGAGCCUGUUGGAGAAUGGGCGGCAAGAGGCCUUUGCUCGAUUCGAGAAAGCAGAUGCCAAUGGGGUGAGCGGAAUUCCCUAUCCAGCGUCAUUUGCUGCGCCGGGCUUGAAGCAUCCGCCGUUCAAGUUCGCCAUCGCAUACAGUGGAUUCCCAUCUCCGGGACCUCGGUAUCGGGGGUUCUAUGAGAGUCCGCCUCUGCAGACGCGCAUUCUUCACAUUUUGGGCACGCUGGAUGCCGUGGUGGAGGAAUCGCGGAGUCGGGCUUUGAUCGAUGUCUGUGCUGGUCAGCCCGAGGCAGAGGGCCUGGUGGUGUGGCACCCCGGUGGUCACUUCUUGCCCAGUCAGCGACCAUAUCUGGAUGCAGCGGUACGGUUUAUCCGCGAGCAAUUGGAGAAAAGCGACGGCAAGAAGAAGACGGAAGAGGAGGAGGAUGUUAAUGAUAUGGAUGUGCCCUUCUAG